CUUUUCAAAGUUUCCACCAUGGAUGCAGCACGUUCUGGAAUAAACCAACAUAUUAACAUGUCUCCCGAAAUGGCCAAUGAGAUAAAGCAAGCGGAGAACCAGAUAAAGAGAAUACUGGGAAUUGGAAAUCGCAUAUCAGAAAGAAGGUUGAUCGAUGAUCUUACUAGAAUGGGGAUGAACGAAUCAAUUGUAAGAAGAGCCAUUCUAAUUAUGCACCAUAGGGGUGAAGUUGAAUAUCAACGAGAAAGGCAUGUAAUUGUCCGUAAAGUAUGA